AUGGGUGACAGUCUGGAUGAGCAAACAAUCCACAACUCAUGCAUUUCAUCAACUGGUGUGUCCACCAGCAUAGAAGGCUAUGAAGAAAAGCACAGUACUAACUCUUGCUCUACUCCAUCCAUUGUGGACCUUGUUUCUCUCAUGGAUGGAUCAGUGCAUGAUGGCUCAAACUCAUGGAGUCAGCAAGACAUGGCUUCCCGAAAUCAACCGCCGGAGGAUCCCAGCGAUUAUUCAGAUGGUUCAGACAUUUCAGAUGUGGAUGAGGAAUCAAAUGUAACGAUCCGAAGGCGAGUGUUCUCUCUAUUGUACUUAGACGAUGAGUACCCUACAAGACCCGUGGUGCCAAUUGGCCCCGCAUUCCAGGCGGAAAUCCCCGUACGGGUGGGCACGUGCACCAAAAACAAUUGCGAUACUUUGGAAAGCACAAAAUAUAUAGGCAUCCGCUUUUGGCCUAGCGAAGAUCGUAUCAAUGAAACCUUACUGGGAAGCAAUGGACCGGGAAGGCAUGAGCUUUGCUCUCGUAAGUCACCAGGAUCAGCUAACCGUAUGAAAAGGCGUGUGUAUAAAUCAACUAGGAAAUUUGAUGAAAUGGGAGAAGAAGUCUCGAAGACAUGGACAAUGAGAGAAGAAAAUCAGUUCGAAACGCUCAUGAAAACAAAUCCACCGGUGAACCAGGCAAGCUUUUGGGACAAAGCGUCGAAGUGCAUUCCGACCAAGAGCAAGAACAGCAUCUUGAGCUACUAUUACAAUGUGUACAUCCGCAAACGAAGUAACAUGCAGUUGAGGUCGUCGACCGAGCAAAUUAUCAGUCACAAUAACCAGCCUGAGUCUGAGGAAUGA